AUGAACAUGGAAGAGAUGAAGAAAUCAUCAUCAGAAUCACAUCCUCCUCCGACUUCGUUCUCGUCGUUACCGUACGAAAUCGUUGUCAGUUGUUUGGCUCGUAUCUCAAGAAUCCAUCGUCCAACUUUAUCUCUCGUCUCCAAGAGUUUCCGAUCACUCAUCGCAUCCGCUGAGCUCGACGCAACACGAUCACGCAUGGGAAAAACCGAGGAAUGCCUCUAUGUAUGCUUGGACCUAAAUAAGAACAAACCUAAUCCUGACAUGAUUGUACCUCGCUGGUACGCACUUGCACCAAUUCCCAAACGACAGAAACUGCUUCCAGUCUCUGAUUUGUUUCCUUAUCAACAUCCAGAAUCCUCAACUAUCGUUUCAAUAGAUUCAGAGAUGUAUCUAAUCGGCGGAUUAGUAGAUGGAAAAAGAAGCAGAAGAAUGCUUUUCCUCGAAUCUCAUCGAUGGCGUAGCCUACCUGACAUGAUUGUACCUCGAGAAAGACCAGCGGCGGAAGUAAUUGACGGUAAGAUCUAUGUGAUUGGAGGCUGCAGCAAGCAUUGGGGUGAGGUUUAUGAUCCAAAGACACAAGCUUGGGAACCGUUAUCGCCCACAACACUAGAUCUCACCACUCAGAAGAGUGUGGUUCCAGGUAGAUUGGUAAUGGGUGGAAAAGUUUACGAGGUGAAUGGUUUGAGUCUUAGCUCCAAGCCGGAUAUUUGCUUGGCAGAGAUAGAGUCCAACAUGUGGCGCGAAAUACAUAUCUCCGGUAGUGAACUAUUUUGGCGUGAAAAUGAAUAUUCGUUGUGGUGUGUUGUUGAGGGACUUGAAAAACUGUCCCCCUCUUCAUAUUUUCCUACUCGUCCUGUUUCGGUGGCAAACUCCGGUGGAAGAAGAGUGACAGUUUGGUGGAAGACGGUGGAGUAUCGCCGUCAAGGUCGCCACUACACUAAGGACUGUAAAACGGAUAUUUGGUGCGCUGAGAUUUCGUUUCACUUCUUUCAGAUAUACGGUAUAACAAGGCUUCGAGGUUGUAUAGAAUGGUCUAAAUCUGUUUAUACUUAUGAUGGAUGUGACUGCCGUUCCGAAUUCUUUUUGCAUUCUGCUGUAGUGACGCAUUGA